AUGUCUAACUCGCCGGCGUUCCCGUACCCCUACUACAUUUAUGCACCACCGCCACCGCCGCCGCCGUCGCCGUCGACUGGACUCGGCCUUGGCUUCGGCAUCGUCGGAUUAAUAGCGGUCAUGCUUGCGUUCAAGUACAUAUGCAAGGCCAUCCCUGCAGGCACGGAGCCUCUCGGACACCAAGGUGGUAGCCACGCCGCUGCUUCGGCCACUCAUCAGCAGCGGUGGUCGCCACGGCGACCCUCCGACGACGGUGAGCAGCAGCUACAAGGGGCCAGCUUGGACGACCGGCCGCGGCUCCCGGACCCGACGCCUAGCCUCCCGGCGGCGUUCGCGUACAACCGGUCGCUGCAGAGAAAAGUGAAGGACACCGCCGGCGAGGAGGCGGCGGCGUGCGCGGUGUGCCUCGGCACCUUCGAGUUCGGGGACAUGGUGCGGCUGCUGCCCGUGUGCCUUCACCUCUACCACGCAGAGUGCAUCGACCAAUGGCUGCGCAAGAACUCGACGUGCCCAGUCUGCCGGUCCGAGACCGACCCAAUGAUGGUGAUGGACGUCAGCCAGCUACCACCUGUUUAG